GGACGGCGGCGCAUGCGCAGUGCGUUUUUUUAAACUUCCCUAACGACAAGAUGGCGGCAGCAAUGGAUGUUGACACCCCGACCGGGACGAACAGCGGCGCCAGCAAAAAACGCUUCGAAGUGAAGAAAUGGAAUGCGGUUGCUCUGUGGGCGUGGGACAUUGUGGUUGAUAACUGUGCGAUCUGCAGAAACCACAUCAUGGACCUGUGCAUAGAGUGUCAAGCUAACCAAGCUUCAGCCACCUCUGAGGAGUGCACGGUUGCGUGGGGGGUCUGCAACCACGCGUUUCACUUCCACUGCAUCUCCCGCUGGUUAAAGACCAGGCAGGUCUGCCCCCUGGACAACCGAGAGUGGGAGUUUCAAAAGUAUGGACACUAGGAGUGACCUGCACCAGCUCUGUUGCCUCUGUGUCGUCAUUCGCAUGAAAGCAGAGAGAAGCCAGUUUUUGUUCUUUUCAGAAUGAUUCAUUUGCAUCAGCGUUGUGUAUUAUAAAUAAACAUUUCAUGUUCUGUUUAAGAA